ACAUAAUGAAGUAAUAUUAUUUGCCUUUAUUAAAUAUCUAGACGGUCACAUAGGACACGGCUAUACACCUAUAAAUUACAUUUUAUUAUCUAUAACUGCGCACUAUAAUACACAAAUGUGUAAAUCAUUUGAAACCGGUUUAAGGAAAAAACAAGCAUAUUAAUUAGCAUUAUAGAAUGUUAACCUUAUUUUAUGAAGUUCAACAAAAUCCUAGUGGUAAAUGAACAGAACAAUAUUCAAUUAAUUACGUCAGACCACCCACAAUGCACGGUAAGUCUUGAUAAGUGUAAGGAAAAAUAUUAGGGCUUGAAAUUGGCUCCAUGACCUCUAAGCCCUAACACGUAAAACGACAAAAUAAUAUUACCUAAACGUGGCAACAGAAUGUUCGACGUUUUGGCCGACCUAGACAGAACGGGUUGGCACUAAAAAAUAACCUUUUUGGGUUUAAAAUCUAAUUAAAUUUUAGCACCGUUUAAUGUUUUAGGUUUUAAAGUGUCCUACUUAUUCUGGCUAAAGUACAAAUAAAUGAUAAUGUUAUUCUAAUCAUUAGUAAUGAACUGAACGUAUGCUAACGAAUUCUAUCAUUAUGUGUUAUUAUUUGGUAAUGAAGUUACGUCACGCAGAUUACUAGUAGUAGACAAUAAAGUAAACAAAUAAAUUUUCAACAAAAAGUGGGGAUUGUCGGCUGCGUGGAGCGACGCGCGACGUUGCCAGAUCGUGCACAAAACGCAGACACGUUGCGGUGCGGCGGCGGGCCGCUGCGGCCCCGCUGCGUCAUUCCGCGUAGAUCGUCCGUAGCGGCAGCCGCGUUGUUUGUCGCAGUGAAAUCGCGAAGAUUUUCAAGUGCCAAAUAUGACUUCAUACUCAUACAGUCUCAAUGUCGAAUUGUUUAUAAGUGAAGUGAAGAAAUACCCAGAAAUAUGGGACCUUAACAGUGAGGACAACAGGUUCAAAAGCAAAAAGCAGCAUGCGUGGUCAGAAAUAGCUAGGGUGUUUAUGUCUGAUUUUGACGAUAUGCCGGAUAAGGAUAAAAAUGAUGUUUAUCGUAAACUUCACGGGAAAUGGAGAAAUAUAAGAGACUCGUUCGUGCGUCAUCGAAAACGGAAAUACGGCAAGAAGGGGUAUGUGUAUGCGAAACAUUUGUCGUUUCUCAACGAUAUAUACAACAACAAGAACAGCCAAUCAGGAAGCGACGUUGACUGCGAGAAUGACGAACCGAGCGACGAAGAUGACACGAAACUUAAAAGGCUUGGUUUUAAAAACAGAAAAUUUGAUUUGUUAAACGAAUCUAGUAUGUGGGGUAGUGAUCCCGAAGACUCGCCCUCCACAAUAGAGAAUCUAAAAAGAAAGCGAACUACCAAGCAAGAGAAUGACAUAGAAUACGUAGAUACCCCAUUCCCAGACGCCACGUGCAGUUACACAGCACCAACUGAAGACGAGGAUCGGUCAUUUUUCGAAUCGUUAUUACCAGCAGUGAGAGAGUUUAAUAUGGACCAAAAACUUGAAUUUCGCAGUGAAGUGUUGUGUUUAAUUAAGGGUUUAAGAUCAUCUAAUGGCAGAAGAAAUUAUAUUAAGUUAGAUCCAACUACUGGUGACUUCUCAUAAUUGUUAUCUAGACCGUAAAGAAUCAUUCCAUUAUUUUUGUAAAUAAAUAUUGUUAUCAAAUU